UAUGAAUAGCAUAUAAAUCGACAAUCAAUUCAUUGUAAACCAAAUUUGCACUCAUUUUGAGUGAUAUUUCUGUAUUUAUUUUUAUUUAACUAUUAUUUUGUGACAAAAGAUGUCAAACAAUGAAAUGUCAGAUCAAAUGACCACUUCUUCCACUUCAUCGUUAGGCUACACGUCAUUAUCAUCGGCCGAAAGCCAACCACUGAGUGACAGUGUGUCGGAAGCGGCCAUAUAUUCAAUAUGUGGUGUCUGUGCGAUGGCUUUCCACCACCUCUUCCCACACACCUGCGAUCGAGCUUUUUGUGAGACAACGAUGACUGAAAUGAUCCGACACUUGAAUCUUCCCACUCAAGUGUCUAACGCCAUGAGGGCUCUGAUGGAGGGCGAGGGCGGAGAUGUGGACGCAUUCAUUGCUCUCAUACGAGAGGAACCGACGCUUAAGUCUUCCUGUGUCCGGAUUGUCGAGGAAUUGGUUUUGUUUGCCGUCAAAGAAGGAUGGAUCAAAAGAGGUGUUUAUGACGCCCGACUCCGUGUCCUCAUUCUUCACAUCUCCGGCCUAUUAGGAGUUCCGGUGCCUAUCGUUGAACUCUACGAGGAAUCGGUGAUUGAAAUGCUUUCUGAAUAUAUUCCGCAACAAAACGACGAGGAAAUCAAAAUCAAACAAAAACGCGAACGAAAUAAAAAGAUUAAGCGAUACGUUAUGAUAGGGUUGGCCAGUGUUGGUGGCGGUGCUAUCAUUGGACUGACUGGUGGUUUGGCGGCACCGUUUGUAGCGGCCGGCGCCGGUGCCAUCAUAGGUACGGCUGGCGCUGCAGUUCUGGGCUCAUCGGCUGGAAUAGCAGUAAUCGGUUCCCUGUUUGGCGUCGCCGGCGCCGGACUCACGGGCUAUAAAAUGAAGAAAAGAGUGGGAGAUAUAGAAGAGUUCGCUUUCGACACAUUAACUCACGGCCGGGAACUACAUCUCACAAUCGCUAUCUCCGGAUGGGUGUCACAAGAAGGCGCACAAGCAUUCAAAGACCCCUGGCUUUCACUAUUGAAUUCUCGGGAACAGUAUUGCAUUCGCUAUGAGUCGGCGUAUCUGUUAGAGUUAGGCCGAGCCAUGGAAUACUUCCUGGGCUUUGCCAUCAGUAUGGCUGCACAGGAAGCCCUCAAAUACACGAUCCUCAGUGGGCUUAUAGCUGCUAUCGCAUGGCCCGCAACACUGGUCACAAUGGCCAGCGCUAUAGACAAUCCAUGGGGUGUUUGCAUCAGGAGGUCAGCAGAAGUGGGCAAACAUUUGGCAGAGAUUCUCAUAGCUAGACAACAGGGCAGACGUCCCGUCACUCUAAUUGGAUUCAGUUUAGGCGCUCGUGUCGUGUAUUUCUGUCUACAAGAGAUGGCUCAACGCAAGGGAUGCGAAGGUAUCAUAGAAGAUGUGAUCCUAUUGGGAGCACCCGUUCCCGCGUCUGUCGACCAGUGGAAGGCAUUCGGACGUGUAGUGAGCGGACGAAUAAUGAACGGCUACUGCAGAGGCGAUUGGCUCUUGAAGUUCUUAUACCGAACCUCUUCGGCAACUCUAAGGAUAGCAGGUCUUCAAGCCAUUGAUUGGGACGACAGGAAAAUGAUUAAUACAGACCUCAGCCAUAUUGUGACGGGUCAUAUGGAUUACGCGCGCAAAAUGAAACAAGUCUUGGAGGCCAUUGGGAUCCGAACGGUGGAAGAGCCGAAUGCCACGACAUGUGAACUCCAUAUGCGAAGAACUCAUUCAGAUAUGACACAAAUCAAUCACAAACUCUACGCCCAGAUGUCCACUUCGAAGUCCGACUCCAAUAUCAGGCGUCGAUAUUCCGAGCCCUUAGUGUCCGCCGAUUUGAAUCCAUUCUCUACUCAUUCGUCGAACUUUUCGCGAAGAUCUUCAUCACUGGAGAGUAUUUUAAGCAAAAUUAGUCGCUUCUCAGGGGUGACGUCAACACCUCCGCCGAUGUCAACGAUGUCAAGCCCUGACUCCAUGAAGUACUCUAUUCACAGGAAAUCAACUGAUUUUCUAAAUGUUCCGCAAUAAUGGUUGUGAAUGUUGUGAUCAUUAGAUAUGAUUUAAAUCAUAUCUAACAUUAAAUUUAUUAUUAAUUCUAAUCGAAAGCCAAUUUUAAAAUCAAUUUCAUUAGACACACGACCAGUAGAACAGUUAGAGAUAUCACUGUUAGAGACAUUAGUUUUUCGAGACCAAUACCUAAGAAACCUCUAGUUAUUCAUCAAAGUAUUGACAGAAAGGUUGUUACAAAUGACACUUUGUUUACAAUAGCUUUACAAUAGUUGUGAUAUAAAUCAUCACUUAUUUAUUACAAACUAUGAUUACGUGAGAAAUCAGAAAAACAAAAAGACUAUCCAAUGGUUUGCCUUUUUAUUGUAUUUCAUUUCUAAUCAGUAUUUAAAUACAGUUAACGCAUUUGUUAUGAUAUUCUCAAUAGUGUUACUAAUCAACUGAUUUGAGUUACAAUUAAUGCAAAAUGAAGUAUUAUUUUUGUGAACUUCACAACGAAUUCAAUAGAAAUGAUAUACAAUACCGUAGACUAGUUUAAUCCCACAUUCAGUAUACUGAACAGACGGUGCCUUAAAUGAAAGCCCAAUAUUCAGAUGAAAGGCUAUGAGUUGAUACGAACAAGAGUACCGGGUUUGUCCCAUAACCUAAAUCCCAGUCCUCAACUGCAAAAUAUACUCAGCCUUUCAUUUACAUAUCGUAUCGGAAUUCGGUUCGUCUGUUCAUUAUAUUCAUGUCUCAAGUGUUAAACCAAUAGUCAGUCCAUUCUGUCCCCCAAUUAUCAUACAUUGUCAUCAUUGGUAUGCAUUGUCUGGACUCUGAGAUGAGUUCAUAGUUUUGUUUUUAAAUUACAAAACAAAAAAGUCUUCGAAAGUGACCCCGAAUUUGAGUUUUUAUUCAAUAAUAUUUGUUGAAUUAUGUUAGACUCGUAAUGCAAACCAUUAUAAAUCGUGUCC